AUGGCCAUCGAAACUAUCACCAAGAUUCCAGCCAACGAGCCAAACAAGUCCAGCUUCAAAACUCGCCCCACUCAAGCAGUGAAAUAUCGCGCCAGCAAUUUAGUCAUGCCUCAGUAUGUCCGAGAAUAUCUCCUCAGACUCCCUCUCCAGCGAAGAAAGAUCGAAGUCGAAUUGCGCCAGCGUGGAGAAUUCGUCCAUGCCUUCUCGUGCUUUCAUUGUGGAUUUGCCAUGGAUGAGAAUAAUAUCUGUAUCGCAUGUGGUCUAAGUUCCUUGCGUAUCUUAAAGUGGAUACGUAUGCAACCUGAGGUGUAUUCCCAGUUGGGGGAGGAUGACAUCUCCGAGUAUGCGGCAGAGAAGGCGGCAGAGGAGCAGCAAGGGAAGCAAAAAUACCACACUAGGUCUAAGAAGUUUAUGUUGGGAGAGGAUGCCGAUUAG